AUUUCGCGAGAGGACGCCAGAGGCUUUCUUUGUCCUAUCCGGGAGGGGCGGGGAAGACAAAAAGGUGGUGUUGAGGCUCGGCCUUUCCAGAGACGAUGCCGUCCGCAUUCUCAGUCAGCUCGUUCCCCGUCAGCAUCCCCGCCGUGAUCACGCAGACAGACUGGACGGAGCCGUGGCUCGUGGGCCUGGCCGUCUUCCACGUGCUCUGCCUGCUGCUCACCUGUUUCUCGUCCCAGAGGUAUAAGCUGCAGGUCGGGCACUUCCUGUGCCUGGUGAUCCUGGUCUACUGUGCCGAGUACAUCAAUGAAGUGGCCGCGAUGAACUGGAGGCUGUUUUCGAAAUACCAGUACUUCGACUCGAGGGGCAUGUUCGUCUCCUUAGUGUUCUCAGCGCCCUUGCUGCUCAACGCCGCGGUCAUUGUGGUCCUGUGGGUGCGCAAGACCCUGAGCGUGAUGACCGAGCUGAGGGGCUUGCGGGAGAGGCGGCGGGAGAGGCUGCGGAAGGAGGAGUGACGACCUGCCGGGCCGCACCCUGGAGACGUCUUCCUAGGACCGUCCGCUCCUCCAGCAGGCCGUGGUCAGUGUUUAAGACACAUCUGACUUCGUGUCCGCCGUGGCGCUCACCAGGCCUGGGUCUGACCAAGGGGUGUUCAGUCUCUGGUUCAACUGUAAAUAAACCAUUGCUACCCGGGCACAGUGUUCCUGUGUCUGGCAUUGGUUGUAAAA